AUGCUCGCGUCCGCCGACGAAGCUUUUCUUGACCAUGUGAAAAAAGGUGCCGGCGAACAUGUUGGUGGAACCCCUGUUGACCUUGUGAUGAAGGACGUUUACCCCGUCAUUGUCCAACAAGGUCUGGGAGGACUCUUCAACAGAAUCGUCUACAAGAUUAAAGGUCUGCUGUACUUCCGCCAGGCCGACGCGGUUUCGGAUGUUAUUAUGGCGGAGCUGGAACACUACCUCUUUGGUGCCAAAGGCGCGAACCAGGCAUCCUUCAAAGUGUUGCGAAGGGAGUACGAGAAAUACAUGCGCGAGUUCUUCACCGAGACUCCGGAAGAACCGAUGGACGCGAUUACGUCUGGUGUGUGGAAGACACUCCUCCGACUCUUCACGGAGCACCUGCAGGAAUCUCUCCGCGGCAGCCCGAAGAGCCAGCUGAUGGCUGAUCUGCUCUUCGACGAGAACCUCGCGCUGAUCAAGCAAUGGACCGAUAACGAUCACCUCCAGAUCAUGCAACUCUCCUCCCACGAUGCUCGCAUGGAGGGGCUGGAGCGCCUGCGGGAACAGAAGAAGAAGAAGUCAGUGCUCGCGCGAAAGAACUAA